AGACGAUAACAACAUAGAAGCAUCGUUAACUAAGGCGUCAUUAAGAGCCCCAAUGUUACUCGCACAAUAUAUUUGGCACGUUUCCACUACCUCGGCCGCCAUUCCCAGAGGAAACAAUCAAGGAUCAGUUUUGGAUAAUGAAGACUAUGUUAGAAAAGGGUCUUAUGGAAAAGUGUUCAAAUGUAACUAUACUCAUACAGAUGGAAGUCAACUUAAGGCCGCCUGCAAAAAAUGUAAAAUAAAGGAUGGCGCGGAACCUGUGUUUGAACGUGAAAUCCAAACCCUUUCACACUUGAAGCAUUUGUUUGUCGUUGAACAUCUAGGUGUCGUAAUAAAGAACGCCAAAAAGUAUAUGGUAAUCGAACUAUGCGAGGGCUCCUUGAAGGAAUACGUUCUAGGAAAGUUGGAACUACGUUCUAAAGACAUGUUGGAUGACAAAAUAAUAAUAAGUCAAGUGGUCCUCGGCAUGGCCUACAUCCACAGCAAAAAAAUCAUUCACAAAGAUCUAAAACUUGAAAAUAUCCUUCUCAAACGUCAAUCACCUGAGUCCCACCUACUGUUGGCCAAAAUCGCUGAUUUUGGUUUUGCUAAAGAACUGAAACCGAAUUCUUUCAGUUUUAGUUCCACUAAUCAUCCAGGUACAACAUCUUAUAUGGCACCCGAACUUCUCCGUGCUUCUCCAAACGCUUAUCCGGCCAAUUUUGCCAGCGACGUGUAUGCUUUGGGCAUAACAAUUGCACGAAUUGCGUUGAAAGGAAGGCAUCCUUUUACCGAUAACGAAAAUCUUCGACGGCAUUUACAGAUACAGGGUCUGAUUCCGCCUACACUUCAUCAUCAAAGCUGGGAUUUGAUCGAUUUGAUCAUUAAAUUAACAGCUAAAGAACCAGCGAAACGUCCCAUCAUGGCCUUAGUUUUGUGCCAUCCAUAUUUCGUCUUGACAAAUGCCAAGACCAAAAGGCAUUUCGUCGAUCAUCUAUGGACACACAUCAAAUCAAAGGAGAAUAAAGAAAAUUCAAUGAAACAAAUGUUCAACAGCCAUAAUUUCCAAGAGUGGUACAGAACCGUCACCGCUGAUACGCAAGAAACUGUCGAAGAGGCCAAGGAAAAGAAGGAAAUCGUCGCAACAGCCAGAAAACUUCAUCCUAAAAGUACAAUUGAAAGUUUGUACGGUCCAGCCAAACAAUACAAACAAAAAACUACGGAUGCUCUGAAGACCAGAUUCUCUCAACCAGAUUGCACAGUUGAAAGUUUGUACGGUCCGGUAAAACAAUACAAACAAAAAAUUCAAAAAUGCUUUGAAUGCCGAAUACGACGAUAAUAUUGGAAACCAAAU